CGCCUGUGAAGCUGUGUUUUGCUUCCUCGACGCACAUGACACGAGCCAACGUGGUUUUCAUUCCUACAAGAUAUUUCUGCUCCAGGAAUGUAACAUUAAAUGUGUAAUAUGAAAAUAUAUAAUCGCUAUAGUCAUAAUUAUCCAUUAUAAAGUGUGAUUUGGGUCCGUGAACGAGAAAACAUGUUUAAUCAAGACGAAGAUUGGAAUGACGAACAAGAGGCUCAAAUCCUGAGUAAGACUGUUUUUAAAAACGCACAGAAGGCGAAUAGUGACACCAAUGCAAAGGUUGUUGGAAAAAAGAGCCUUCUGCGAACCCUGGAAACACUGGGAUCAGUACAUGAGUGGAAAAGCAACAACCCUGAGCAGGACAGCGACAGCGGGACAGAAACGGCUCCAUCACACAGCAAAAAGAGAAAGAAGGGAAGAAAAAAGAGAAAACAUGUAGAGAAAUCAGAGCAGCAUCCAGAUGGCGGUAAAACCUCAACAGAGGAGAAAACUGUAGCAAAAAAGAAGAAAGGAAUCAAUCCAGGAGCUCCAAAAACAACGAGAACAUCUGCAGAUGAGAUGCAAACAAAACCAGAACCUCCACCAGUAAACAAACCCGCGAGUACUGAGCAACUGAGCAGACAGCAGUGGAAAAACAAGAUGAAGAACAAGAGACGAUGUAAAAAUAAAUACAGCCAGAAUAAACCAGCAGAGGAUGUAAACAAGGCCGAUAAACAAGAACCAAAAGAGGAAAUCAAAUCAGAUUCACGCAGCUGCACAAACGUCAGUCAGACAAUGGAGAAGAAGAAGAAAGAGAGUAAAGUACCGAAAAGAAAAAACACAGAUGACGAGAGCGGCGUAUUUACUCCAGCAAUAAAAAAAACAACAUGGCCGGCAGGGACAGACGUAAAAGGCUCUGCCGACGAAUCUCAACUGAAUGAUCAGCAGCAGUUUGACACAAAAAGACCAAAAUCCGAGCUGAACAGAGAGCAGAAGCUAAAACGGCAGAAGCUUCAGAAAAUCCUCCACGGCCAGCAAACGGACCAAAAGAAGAGUCUGGUGGAGGAGGAGGAGGCGUCGCCGCCAGAGGAGGAACAAAGCAGCUUGGACUCCUUCAGGUCCCGCAUGGAGCAGCGUCUGGAAGCAGCCCGCUUCCGUUACAUUAAUGAACGUUUGUACAGCACGACCAGCGGCGAGGCCAAGCGCAUGUUCCAGCAGGACCCAAGGGCCUUCUGGGUCUACCACAAAGGUUACACGGCGCAGGUCCAGAGGUGGCCCGCCAACCCGGUGGACGCCAUUAUUGCUUACAUUAAGAAAAAACCUGUCUCUCUGGUGGUGGCCGACUUCGGCUGCGGUGACGGUAAAAUUGCGCGGAGUGUGAAGAACAAAGUUCACAGCUUUGACCUGGCUGCUACCAGCGAGCUGGUCACCGUCUGCGACAUGGCCAACGUGCCCCUUGCUGACGGCUCCGUGGACAUAGCUGUGUUCUGCCUCUCGCUCAUGGGGACCAACCUGGUGGAUUUCUUAACGGAGGCCUGUCGGGUUUUAAAAACGGGAGGGGUCCUUAAAAUCGCAGAAGUGGCGAGCAGAUUUGACAACGUGAGAGACUUCACCUCCACUCUAACACGGCUGGGAUUCAAGCUGACGUCCAAGGACACAGAAAACAGUCACUUCUACUCCUUCGAGUUUGUGAAGACAGAAAAUGCUCCAAAGAACAGGAAGAAGUUGGAGCUGCAGCUGAAGCCGUGCGUGUACAAGAGAAGAUGAUGAUGUCAGUGGGUUCGGGUCACAUCGGUUCUGUUUUAUUAACAACGACACGAAAAAGAGCCAAAGCAAACGUCUGGCUCCGCCUUUCUCUGCUUUGUUGUUUCAUGCUGGGACGAUUUUAGAUCUUUUUAAGGCUCAACACCUUCAGCCGUGAGAGAAAUAUUACAAACUCUUCUUAUAAUCCAGUUUUUUUUUGCCCCUCUUUGCCCUAAAGUUGGAAUUAAACUCUAAAGAUGGGA